AUGGUGCAGCAGCUGUUGCAGCGCGCCAACACCACCGUCAUCGCCUGUGUUCGCCAGCCGAACGACCCGACCGGCGUCUCACUCAAGGAGAUUGCAAUCACCGAGUCGAGCCGCCUUGUUCUGGUGCAGCUGCGCAAUCCAGCCGACUAUGCCGCGCUGCCGCAAACACUGGCCGCCCAGGCCGUGGCGCGCAUUGACGUCGUCAUUGCCAAUGCCGGACACUCUACCGGACUCGACAAGUCGCUGCUCGAGACGACCGUUGACGACGUCGUUUACGACUGUACCGUCAAUGCGGCAGGUCCGCUGCGACUUUUUGUGGCAACAUGGCCGCUCCAAGAGGUGUCUGCCGCGGACACCACGGCUGCCACCCGGUUUAUCCUGAUCAGCAGCACCCUGGGCAGCAUUGGCGUGCAGGACCAAGAGAGCAUGCCGGUCGGCGUGUCGUACGGGAUGAGCAAGGCGGCGGCCAACUGGUUUGCCAAGAAGUUGAGCAUCGACUUUAAGGACAAGGGCCUGGUGGCAGGCGUCUUGCAUCCUGGCUGGGUAAAGACUUACAUGGGACAGGCGCUGGCCGAUGCGCUGGGCAUCAAGGAGCCUCCAAUCACGGCCGACGAGAGCGCGCAGCAGUGCCUCGAGCAGAUUGACGACUGGACACCCGAGAAGAACGGCAAAUUCCUGACGUACACAGGCAAGGAGCUGCCAUGGUAG